UCAAUCACGAGGUCACGUUCCAAAAAACACGGCCGGUUUUUAAAUUGCGGGGUAUCGGAUGUAAAGUGAACGGAGGACUGAGACGUGGGUGUGGAUGCGGGUUCCGAGAAUGCCAGCAAUUCAUGAGACAUGGGGAAAGCCUUAUUAUUCGCGUGGUCGUUUAUGUUGUGUUUCGGGCCAAUCCUGUCAAAGGCGGCCAACAACAGGUCACAAACCACAGAUAUACAAUACGAUGGCGAAUCGUCGGGCAAUGUUACGCUGAAUAAUAUCCUGUUAUCAAACACCAUCAACAGCACAAACGAGCUGCCGCCGGCAACAUCUAGCGAUGAAAAUGGAGCACUGAACCUGAAAGGCAACGAAGCACUUUACAUAGCUUUAUUCUUAACGCUCCUCUUUGUCAUUGUCACCAUCUCCACCAUAUGUAGCGUACUGUGGUGUAUACAAUGGCGGGCCAAUAUGAAAGUCAUACAACGAGCCGGGAUCCAGCCACCGGGCGACCACGACGGGGACCAAGCAGAAGGCACAAACUUCAAAAAACGAACAUUUAUGCAAGUCCUACUUUGCCUGGACGACAACAAAUCAAGCAACGCUGACAGUGCCGAAUCCAUCGAGUCCAUCCCAGCGUAUGCGACGACACGUCUUCAAACACCGCAAAACGGUACACCAAAUGAAGGCGUCAAUCCCCAUCCGCCGAGGUGUUGCAAGCACCAACAGUUUCACUCCCAGGGUGAGUGGUCAUCAAAUCCUCAGGUGACUUGGUCGUGCCACUCUCUUUGCAGUGAUCAAUGCGUCCAAACUCACCCUGUCCAGCUCACUGGCAUUACUAGGACGCAGUCUCGGGGAGCGUGUUCUCGCACCUCUCUCUGCAGUGACCGUUGCUCAUUGCUUGGGGAUGUAGGUCGUAACGGGUCGAUUGGCUUAAAGUCGCCGCAUCCUAGGCCGGUUUCUUUUCCUUAUGCACAGGCCCCCCUCAACGAUAUCCCAGACUCCCGCGAUUUCAGACACGCUUCUUCGAGACGUAGCGUUACGGAAAGAAUUCCGCGAGGUUGUUUAACCUGUGGUGGAUAUGCAGAUGUAUGGAACACAAGUUCCGAACGUUGCCAUCGUGAUCAAGGGUCUAAGACAUCGCUUUGCACAGGCAGAAGGCGUUCAAUGACGUGUGACAGUUCCUGCUGUCUGAAAAGCCACAACCGGCCUUCUUACACUCAGAGAAGUGUGUCUUCCCCAGGCUGCAUCAACAAAUUUGGCAGCAUCAGAGCCAACAAACGACGCAGUCGUGAGUUUCCCCCAACUACCAACUUUCCUAAUACUACUGUGAGACCCAACCUUGGGUCCAGGGUCAGCGGGAGAGCGAGUCAAACCAAAGCAUCAGCCGAACAAAAUCCUCGCCCAUCGACUCCUCGUGUUAUCCGCUCUUCGAAAUCUCUCAGUCUCUGCUGCAGGGUUGGCGACGAGACUUUCCCACGUAGACAAUGUUACUGUUACGACUGCGUCAAACACAAAUUGAAAACAGACCAUCAUCUGCGGUCGUCAAAGUACAUGCCAAGUCACAGGUCUCAGUUUGACUGCCAGUCUAUGAAUCCAGGUCUCUCUAAGAUUCCAAAGAAAGCGCUUUCGUCUCCGAAUUUUUUUCGUAUGGGGUCUUUUUUGAAGCGGGAGUUGGCGGGCUCUGGGCUGUUUGCUACUGAACCCGGCACGGGCUCCAGUAAUAGGAUACCACAGUCCUUAAAGAAUGACCACACGUGGAGUGAAAAGGGUUGCCAAACUUUUUCAACUGACACUGACCCCGCGUUUUACCAUACCUAUCCUUCAGCACGAGCGGGUGUUACCCAAGCUUCUUUGAACAAUUCAUUCGACUUGCCAAGUACGCCGGAAAACGAGGAAAUGUCCGGAUUUUCUGAUAAUUCAACCGAUGAUUCGUCCGAUGAAUAUACAACAGGAGAAUAUUGUAACGCCGAGGUCGCUGACUACAACAGAACAUCGCUCACACCGAGGUUGUCAUGGUCUUCGAGUGAAGAAGAUGACAAAACCUAUAUCUUCCCUGAAACCUGUUCUCCUUCAGAGGCUCUGUUAUCAAGCGCCGACAAAACGUCCAACGAUGCUCCUGGUGGGAAUAAGAUUGACAAGAAAUUAGGAAACGAACAUUUAAAAUCUUAUGAACCGUUACAGCAACAGCCUAAUAAGGAACCAGAGACACCGUUUACUUAUACGUACACACCUUUACAUUCUCUUGACAGAACAGUGCCUAAAAGCAUUGUUUCCCAUACGUGAUCCACGUUAGCCGACAUAAAGCACCACAGUGACUUUACAUUAACAUAAUAUGGGAUACUUCAGGAGUUGUGAAAAAAUGUAUAAAUAUAUAAAUAAACAAGUAAAUAGUUAAAUACACAAAUAAAUUAUAUUAGGGCCUAACUACAUAUUUAUAUUAAAUAUGUAUGUUUAAAAACAGUACAUCAGUACGUAUUAUAUUGUACAUAAUUAUGUGUAUUAUAUUGUACAUAUUGUAAGAUGGAGAAAUGAUGCAUGUUUUUGUAUGGUGCCUUUGCGACUUUGAUAAUUUUUUACAUAUA